UAAGGUUUUCACCCAACUCAUGUUUCACGUGCAAGUGAACUCCACUCCAGGGCUUCCAACAGUGUCCCCACUUUAAGCCCUGUCAAGUCAGCUCCCCAACGCCACCAACACAGCCAACGUUCACAUCUCAUCACACGCAUUGACGCCGCAACAUCACAUAACCUUACCUUAUCUUCCGCCCUCCUCCUCACGAUGUCUUCCACCUCUAUUUUCCAAUGUCCCAAGUAUGCCCGACGCUUCAACAACACAAUCAAAUUCCCGCAUCUUCGACCCAAAUCUAUACUUCCUCGGUCCCCCAGACCGUGUGAAAACUCUGGAGCAGCCAUCUGAUAUUAUACACCAUAUCUCUUCUUACGAUGUUGGAAACGGGGUCACGCAUCUCGCGGUGAACAAUCUGAAAGCGAAGAGGAGGGCCGAUCGAACGGUGAAGGUCGAUAGGGACUCGAUUGUGGUUUCUGUCGACGGAGCUGUGAAGGAUGGGAGAGCGGGGUUUGGCGCUUACUUUGGGAAGAGUUCGGAGCUGAAUAUCAGCUCGCUUGCUCCCGAGAAGAAAAACCAGACGAAAGAACUCGCACUCCUUCUGGGGACCGCCGAAUGUCUGAAGAUCAGCUACGAAUUGUUAAUCUUGGGUCCUUCGUCAUCUCCGGAUUCAACACCAUCGGAAAGUGGGUCAAGGAAAACGAAGAAGAAAGUCGUUAUUAUCACGGAUAGUGUGUAUCUGGUGAAAUGCAUGGCGGACUGGAUUUUUGUGUGGCAAAACAAGGGCCUUCAAACUACGAAAGGGGAGAUGGUUGGUAAUCAUGUUGAGAUCAAGGGCUUGGGAGAAGUUUGUUUAGAGGUUGAGAGAGUUGGUUGCGAAAUCAGAUUCUGGUUGGUAGAGGAGGGAGGAGUGGAAGAUGCAAGGAAAUUGGCGGAGCAGGUGCUUGCUGAUGCCAAAGAGGAAGCGGGGUAGGGUGGGGUCGAAACCCUGAGAUCAGAACUCACAAAAUUGUAGCUUACGAUGUACUGCCACUGAUCAACUAUUAGCCUGCUAAAUAUAUGGAGAGAUGCUACUUCAAUUUGAAGAGAGUGCAUAAACGAAAU